CUUUUGUCGUCGGUUCGGUGGUUCGGUGUAGUGACGGUCUGCGUGUAGUAAAUAAAUUUCGCAAGUGCUUUUAUUUUUGCAAUUUUAUUCCACUUAAACAAUCAAUCACAGUUAUUGAUCAUGGCUACAAUCAAUACAAUAAACGAGUUCCAGGCAGUUGUGUUUGCCGCAGGAAAAGGAAGCCGAUUCCCUGAAAUUCUCGAAGGGCGACCAAAAUGUUUACUUCCGAUUGGAUCUUAUCCUUUGAUUUGGUAUCCUCUGAAGAUGCUGCAAAGACACGGGUUUCAAGAUGUCAUAGUAAUUGUUCUCGAAAACGAAAAAUCGGAAAUCCAACAGAAACUAGAGAAACACCCUCUCAAGCUAAAACUUGAAUACGUCACCCUUUCCGGGGAUUCAGAUGUUGGUACAGCUGACGCAUUACGUCAAAUCUCCGAUAGGAUUAAAACGGACGUAGUGCUUCUGUCGUGCGAUACCCUAGUGGAUUUCAGCUUGUAUGCUGCCUUCAAGCAAUUUCGCGAACACAACGCUUCCGUUGUAGGUCUGCUCGUCCAAAGCGAAAUGAACAAUGUUGUGGUACCGGGACCGAAGAUGAAAUAUAAAAUCGAACAGGAUCUUUUUGGGAUCUGCCCCGAGUCGAAUCGGUUACUGUUCAUGGGUUCUGUGAGCGACUUCGAGAACGAUUUUCAAAUACCCGGACAUCUUUUGCGCCAGAAUGGGAAAAUUGACAUCCGUAGCGGUCUGCUUGAUGCCCACGUGUAUAUUGUCAGGAAAUGGGUGAUAGAUUAUCUGGAAUCUAAUGCCGGUUUUUCAACGCUGAAGGGAGAACUACUGCCUUUUAUCGUUAAAAAGCAACUAAGUGCAGUAUCACAACCUCAAUCACAUUCAGAAAAACCUAUUUCUGAAGUGAAUGUUGAUAUUAAGGGCAAACACAUUUUGGAGUUUGCACCAACGAGUCCGCUUGACACAAAAAUUCACGAUUCUUCGAUAUUCAACAAAGUAGCAUCUACACUGAAUGAUAUAAUUCGAUGCUACGCAGUGAUCACUCCCGCCAGUACAUUCGGGAUACGUAUCAAUACACUUCCAUCAUUCUGCUACGCCAAUCAGCAGAUCUACAAGACUUUCCCAGCACUAACUGAUCUUCCGGUAGCUGCCUUAAUUGCAACUAACAGCGUUAUAAAAUCUACUCAGAUAGCAUCAACUACCGUUGGAGAUCAAACCGUUAUCUCUGAAAAGACGUCGAUCAAUUCAUCAAUCAUAGGGGCGAACUGUGUAAUCAACCCGAAGGUGCGGUUAACCAAUUGUACACUUAUGGACCAUGUAAUCAUUGAAGAAAACGUGGCUCUUGAAAAUUGCAUUAUUUGUGAGAAGUCUGUCAUCAAGUCCAAUUCUAGUCUGCGCAAUUGCUUGAUCGGUUCCAAUUAUACUGUGUCUGCAAACACUAAGAAGGAUAACGUUCACCUGUCGAACAGUGCUGGAUUUAUGGAAAUAUAGUGAUAAAUUGACGGACGCAAUAAAAUCGUUGAGAACGUUUUCUUUUA